CCGAGCGCUGCCACCCGGAAGCAGGAAGUGUCAGCGCAGCCGGUGAGGUGGCGGUUCUGUCAGUACCAUGAUCGGGGACCUGUUACUGUUUGGGACACUGCUGGUGAAUGCAGGUGCAGUUCUAAAUUUUAAACUCAAGAGGAAGGAAUCACAGGGAUUUGGAGAUGAUCCUGCAGAGGCCACUACAGGUGACAAUAUCCGCGAGUUUCUCCUCAGCCUUCGAUACUUCAGAAUUUUCAUUGCUUUAUGGAAUAUUUUCAUGAUGUUUUGCAUGGUCGUGUUAUUUGGAUCAUGAAAGUGUUGUUGGUUUCGUACUGGACCACCGUGUAAUACCCAAAGUCUCAAGUCCCUCCUGCUUCCUCU